AUGAAGUCGGCCAAAGCACCGUCAGGAGACACUCCGUCAAGUAGGAGGUCCCAGCCUGUCCGACAGACACGUACAAACCCACCGCGCGUCUCGUCAGGCCUUCGUGGAUCUGCCAACGGGCGGGACUCUCUUGCUGGCGGCACUGCUUCCGACCAGCCCAUCGACAUCUAUCCUGCGAUAACCUACUUCUCCGAUGCCAUCGCAGCUCUCCCGAAAGAGCUUGUCCGACAUUUCACCCUACUAAAAGAGGUCGAUGCCAAAAUAUUCGCUCCCGAGGAUGCGCUCUUCAAGCUCGUCGACGCUGCCAUGAACGCACCCCCUCCGCAGCCCCGACCGGCGAACGAUACGUCCAGUAGUGUCGCGCCUGCGUCAGCUCCAAUGAGUGCGCAGAACAGCUCCAGCGGAGGUCGUCUCGGCAGUCAAGCUCCCCCUCCGGCAUCCUCGACCGACGGCUCGUACACGACAUCCAUCUACGACGCCAGCAACUUCCCGAGGAGACAGCUGUUUCGACAGACAGCUUACAAGAUCCAGGAGAUGCUCGGCUCGUUGGAGGAGAAGAACCACGUCAUCUCGACGGCGAAUGACGCCCUCCAGAAACAGCUCUCCCGAAUUGAAGACGUCUGGCCGUACGUCGAGAACGAGUUCAGCGACGAGGCGAAGUGGGGGAGCACUUCGCAUUGGGCAUAUCCCGAGAACAGGGCCGCAACUAAGGCGGCACACACGGAGCGUUCGCGUCGCGAGGGUGCCGCAGCCAUCUCUGCCGCAGCCCAGCAGCUGGCCGAGGAGGCCGCUGCCAGGAGCGAGUCGAGGAAGCAAGCCGUCCAGGCCAAGAAGAGCCAGAAGACGGCGCCUCAGGAAUCGGACUUUGAUGACGCCGAAGGCCGCAACAAGCCAGAAACAGCCAAGAAGGGUCACGGAGGCGGUAAAGCGCGCAAAGCGGCCGAGACCGCUGCCAGCGUAGGGUUGGGUAUCUCAACAAAUGGCGCCUCGAACGGGACGGCCCCACAGCCCAAGAGGCGCAAGGUCGAGAAGACGCCUAGCGGAAACAACGCGACGGAGCGGGCCAUGAGCACUGUCUUCGGGGCCGCUGCGUCGUCAAAGGCGAAGACAACAAGCCCUAGGGAAACCCCAGCGCUAGAAGGCGGCCAAGGCGGCCCGAAGAAGCGAAAGGCCCUGCCGACGGGCACGGGAGUUGCCAAGAAAAGCAAAAAUGGAGUCGCCGGCAUGUCUCCAUCGGUCGCCUCCUCUCCCGUGAUGAGUACCUUUUCCGACGCCGUGUUGCCACGCGGCUCUCCCGCGCCGACAGUCACCCCCGUACCUCCCGCUCCCAAGCCUCCCACUGCUUCACGAGCCAAGCAGAGUACGACGCAAGCGGCGGUGGAGGGCGGGAAACAGUCUCGGCCGCCAUCGUCCGCCUCGGCCAAGCCGAACGGUUAUGUGCCACCGCCGACACCGGAGGCAGCACCUCCGGCGCCGUUGCCAAAGCCUGUCGUCGAGGCCAAGCCUGUUGCCAAGGAGCCUUCGGUACCGCCUGCGCCGGAACCUACGAAAAAGGAGCCUGAGCCAAUCGAGACGGCCAUCAAGCCAAGCAUACCCGCGGCGAAGCAAAAGAAGGAAACACCGAAACCCGAAGAACCGGAAACGCCCAGCGAGACGCCGGUGCUUCAGACGGUAAACGCCGCCACGGUGACGAAGAGUGGACGAGCCAGUAAGCCAUCGACACCAGCGAUGGCUACGUUUCAAGAGGCAGCAAGGCCAAAGUCGGCGCGCAAUACGGAGACCAACAGCACGAGCAAGCGGAAGAAGAGCAACAUAAUGACAAACAGCAAGGCCAUCAAGACGGCAGACCAGACGGAGGACAGCGAGGACAUUGAAGACGCGGAAAUCCAAGCUGGCAAACGCAGCUACGACUACACGGAAGACGAACCGACAUAUUGCUACUGCACCAGCGUGAGCUACGGCGAAAUGGUGGCUUGCGACGCAAACAACUGCGAACGGGAAUGGUUCCACCUCAACUGUGUGGGCCUCAAGGUUGCUCCCAAGGGAAGCUCGAAAUGGUACUGCGAAGAGUGUCUGCAGCGUUUCUCGAAGCAGGGCAAAAAGCUCAGCCACAAGUACAACGUGCUACCGGACUCCCUGAACAUGCGCAAGCAACGCGGCCCCCAGUAUUGA